AAGAAACCAAAAUGGUACUACUACCUUUAGAAUGGUUCAGAAAUUCAGUGUUGGCUAACUUGGUCAUAUUGAUCCAAGAUUGACCAUCUCCAAUUAUUUACACGACUCUGCCACGUUCGCAUCGCCGAUGUAGAGGCAAUUUUUUAAAUAUAAUAAUAGUAUAUGCCCAAACGGGAAACCGCCAAAUAGACGGUGCUGGAAAUACAAAUCCAGACGCACAUAUUUUGGGCAGGCGAACAAGCUGCCUCUGCCACGUUCCCGCCGCCACCCAUCGACGGCCCGACGGCCGUCUCUCCACCACCAAUCGAUCCACGACGGCGCCCGGAGACGGAGAGCAACGCCCAACCUGGACAGCAGGGCAUGCUCUGCCACACCACCCCUUCCGAUGUUCUAGGCCUUCAUCCGCCGGCGCCGCGGGCCGGGGCGGGGAACAGAUUUUCAGGACGCCGCGGGGCUUCAACCUCGAGCCGGCGUCCUGGCUUCUCGGCCCCUGACGGUGCGCAACCGCUUUCCAUUCGAACGGCGUCUCCAGAUCGUGUUCGGCGGCGCUCACCGGCGUGGCUGGGAUGGGCGUCGCUGACGGGCCGCCCAGAAAUCUGCCGAGGAUGGGGAGCUGACUCGUCCCGGAGGGAGAAGAGAACAUGCCUGCCGGACACGGCCGGCUUCGGCGAUGUGGUGCUCUGCUUCGCCGGCAUGCUGCCGCAAGGCAGAGCUGGGGCUUCUUCAGCGCGAGGCCCGGCGGCGCGGCGGGCGUGCCGAGCAAAGGCGACGGCGCGCGCUCCUGGCAGGCCGCUCUGCUUCGUCGCCGGCUUGGUCCGUGGGCGUGGCGGCGGCGGUGCGCGCAUGAAGGCGAAGCCGCUGGAUGAGCGUGGGGCGACCGGAUCCUCCGAUGUACGGUGGAUGAGACGGGUGCCAGAUCAACCGUACAUCAGAUCGGGAAGGCGGAGCCGCGGCUUUUGUUACUUGCGCGCGGCCGUUCGUUGGAUGGCGACACGCGCGCGCGAUCACGGUGGCGACACGCGCCGUAGGAAGGUCCCAUUCCCACACGGAUACGGGUGCGAGCCGCCUAGUGGAGUACUCCUACACGGCACGGCUGGGCAACCGGAAAAUCUCCUUGCCCUUUCGACCAGGCCCAUCCGUCCAUCCUGUACUCCGCCGAGACCCACAGCCUCCUCGCUCCGGCGGCCGAUCCGUUCGCCGAUCCCGCUCCGCUGGCCCACCGAGCAACCGCCGGCGGCACGCAUGUCCCUCCGCGCCGCGCCGGGGUUUACGCUUGCUGAGCCGCGCGGCGGGCGGGGAGGAGGCUGCCGCGUUUGGCGGCGCCCUGAAAUUUCCGGCGUCCCGGCGCGGCCCUGCGUCAAAUUCACAGUCCGCCCUCGAUCUGCCUGCCGUCUCCAAGGCGCGCGAGGCCGCCGUGUCCGUGUGUGUCACGGGCACGGCACCCCGAGAUCCCGACCGGCUUCGCCUUGGCGGCGGCCAGAUGUGGGAGACAGGAAGCCUCGAGCCAAGCUACUGGCGUGAUCCCGCUCUCGCCUCGCCGGCGCACGGCCGCGACGGGGUCAUGGGAUCGGGGGCGCUGUCAGUUUGACCGUUCGGGUGCUCUGGAUUGGCGGCCAGAGUGAGGAGAUUGUGAUGCUCGUUGAGACGAGAGGAUUGCAUCAGCUGUUGCGCGGGAGCUGGCGAGGGGCAUGGAGGGAGGGAUGUAUGAUUUCUUCCGGGGACCGUGAUCCAAGUCCAAGGUGACGUCAAUGCACAAGAUGGAUGAAACAGUGACAAUGAAGCGAGUCCAGAGAGAAUCACAGGGCUCACUUCUUGGUGGACACUGGGGGCAGAAAGUCAAGGAGUGAUCAGGCUGAAGAUGGAGAGACCAUUGGCAGCAGGUACCUGAAAAUUGGAAACAGGGCAUCAGUUGUAGCUCUAGGAGGAUUGAAGGAAAAAUAAAAAUGCAUGUAAACUGUAGGUGGCAUGACUGGAGUUAUGCAUGAGAGUGACGAUUAAGCGAGGCCAGAGAGAAUUACAGCUCACUUUCUUGGUGGACAAAGUGGGGUCAGAGACCUAGCAAUGAUGAGCCUGAAGAUAAAGUGACUGUUGACGGCAGCUAUCUGGAAAAUGGACAAGGAAACAACACAUCAGUUCUAGCUGCAGCAGGGUUGUAGAGGGGAUUUUUUUUUUUACAUUUUGACUCAUUUCAUGAAUAGUUAUGCUAUUCCAAAAACUUGGGUUUUCAGUUUCAGUCAGGAGAGAAUUUAGACCCUGCUGGUCUACAAAGUCUUAAUUUUGUCCUCCUCAACAUCCACCCCA